UCGUAGCCACGCUGCUCAUCUUAGACAUUUGUGAAGACAACGUACCUGAUCCGUCUGUGGUGAAGAAGGAGUUUGACAACAGCCUCAUCGAUGCGCUUCAGGAGUACGGUCCCGAGUACCUGGCUUACUUCGGUUCCUUCGCCACCGUCGGCCUGCUGUGGUUUGUUCAUCACUCUCUCUUCCUGCAUGUGACAAAGGCCACUCGCCUCAUGGGCCUCUUCAACACGUUCUCGCUGGCCUUCGUGGGCGGCCUGCCACUCGCUUACCAGCUCACGCAUGAAUUUCCCAGAGGCUCCCGCAAUGAGCUGGAGGCCGUGCAGAUCAGCUGCGUCAUCAUCUUCUUCGCCGGUCUGUUCCAGCUAGCGAUGUGGGUGACGGCACUUUUCACGGAGCGCGAGACAUUGCACCCGUAUGUGCGCUACGGCGGUCGAGAGCACGCCUUUAUGUUGGCCAAGCUCUCGCUCUACCCCUGCGUGGCCCUCGGGACCUUCGUUUUCACCUGCGUCCUGAGCCGCUUCAGCACGUCCAUCUUUCACAUGAUGGAGAUUGGGCGCACGAAACUAUAUUAG